UAAAAAGAAAAAAAAAAGCACCUGACAUGUCACAAAACAUCUCGUCAACGGUUCUGCUGCAUAUGACACCACCACUUUGUGGUCUUGACAGCUUGUUAGGUCAUUGAGGCUGACAGCCAGGCUCGUAUUUCGGCCUGCCCGUCGAUGCAGCUUGUGUUUAAAUCAGCGGUUACGUUGCGUUUUGCUCAAUGGCCAGUGUAUAUCCAGCUGUGGCCGAGCUCGUUGCGGAGGCUCGGCGUGUGUACGCGCAAGAGUUCGGGGAAGAGGCUCCUCGGACGGCGGCGUGUGCCCCGGGACGAGUCAACCUGAUAGGGGAGCACACCGACUACAACCAGGGAUAUGUGCUGCCAAUGGCGCUGCCCCUGGUGACUGUGGUGGUGGGGAGUCAAACCUCUGGCCGGGAUGUUACUGUGGUAACAGCAACUAAGGAUGCUGAUGAGCCCAGGAGGGUGGACUUCAGCCUGCCUGGCGACGGAUCACCGCUGUCUCCAGGGUCACCCAGCUGGGCAAACUACGUGAAGGGUGUAAUACAGCAUUACAGGGCUUCUCCAGUCCCGGGUUUCAGGGCGGUGAUAGCCAGCAGUGUCCCCCUGGGAGGAGGCCUGUCCAGCUCUGCCUCUCUGGAGGUGGCUGUCUACACGUUCCUGCAGCAACUCAGGCCAGAUGAUGGAGACAAAGUAUCCAAAGCAGUAGCCUGUCAGCAGGCAGAGCACACUCAUGCUGGUGUACCCUGUGGCAUUAUGGAUCAGUUUGUGUCUGUGCUCGGCAGGGAAGGUCAUGCUUUGCUCAUCGACUGCAGGUCCCUGGAGGCCACCCCUGUUCCUCUGGCUGAUCCAGGCCUCGUCAUUCUCAUCACCAACUCCAAUGUGAGACACUCUCUGACUGGCAGUGAGUAUCCCAUGAGACGCAGACAGUGCGAGGAGGCUGCCACUACCUUGGGAAAGGAGAGUCUCAGAGAUGCUACCAUCAAGGACCUGGAGGAGGCAAAGGACAGACUGGAUGAUGUAACCUGUCGAAGAGCUCGUCAUGUGAUCGAGGAGAUAGAGAGAACUGUACAGGCUGCCGAGGCCCUGAAAAGAGGAGCCUACAAAGAGUUUGGAAAGCUCAUGGUAGAGAGCCACAACUCCCUGAGAGAUCUGUAUGAGGUGAGCUGCAAGGAGCUGGAUGAGCUGGUGUCUGCAGCCAUGGAAGUGGACGGGGUGUUUGGCAGCCGGAUGACAGGUGGAGGGUUCGGCGGAUGCACAGUGACUCUGCUGCAGGCCAGUGCCAUCGACAGGACGAUACUCCACAUAAAGCAGCGAUACAGUGGAACUCCGACCUUCUAUGUCACGACUCCUUCAGAGGGAGCUCGGGCUCUCAGUCUGUCCUGACCUUUGUCAACACAUGUGCUAUAUGAGCACAGCUGAUUCAUUCCUCUUUAUAGGCUUUACUGUUUGAUUUGUUUUGCCUGGAGAUGAUUGAGAAGCAUUUUGCUAAUGAUGGGGAAAGUGCCUUCACAGUGAGGAACUGCUUUCUGAUCAAAUUCAUUUUUAUUUGAUUUAUUUUUGUCACAGUAAUUCAAUGCUUUAGCAUCCAGAUAACUUGUUGCAGCUGUUUUAUAUAAUUAUGUAAUAAAUAUACUGUACUGUAAAUGCAAGCUGAAUCGUUUUAUUUCCACAUGACGUUCAUUGAAUAAACCUUGUUGUUAUAAAAAUGUAGA